GGCGUCACCUGGAGGUUUUGCAGCCCACUGACCCUCAUCCGGGCUCCGGCCCAGAUGUCUUCCGCUCAUGCUCCGGUAGAUCUCUCCCCAUUCCGCCGCCUCCUCCAGUACUGCGCCGAGUCCGCCGACAACUGUCGUCACCACCACCAUGGAGGAAACCCUCGCCGCCGUCCUCUCCUACCUCCCGCCAUCCCCCGUUUCCACCACCGCAUCCCUUUCCUCCUCCCCCGCCGCCUCUGACGACGAGGACCGCAUCAGCGCCCUCCCCGACGCGAUCCUCCGCAACAUCAUCUCCCGCCUCCCCACCAAGCACGCUGCCUGCACCACCGCCCUCUCCUCCCGCUGGCGCAGCCUCUGGGCCUCCACCCCUCUCCGCCUCGACGACGACGGCCUUGUUCCUGCCGCCGUUACUGCCGCGCUCGCCUCCCACCCGGGCCCCGUCGCCUCCGCCCGCCUCUCCUCCGCGCGCCUCGCUUCCGAGGUUCCCGACGUCGUCGCUUCCUGGUUCGCCUCCCUCGCGGACAAGAACGUCGACGACCUCGUCGUCGUCAACGGCUCCUGGACCGAGGAGGAAUGUGAUUGGCGUCCGCCCUCCGGCCUCCUCGGAUGCGCGUCCCUCCGCCGCCUCUGGCUCGGCCUCUGCCGGUUCCCGGACACCUCCGGCCUCCCUCCGGCCUUCGUCAGCCUGCAGGAGCUCGGGAUUGUACAUUGCUCCGUGCAGGACCGCGAGCUCCACGCCGUGCUCCCGCGCUGCCCCGAGCUUGAGAGCCUCGCGCUCGUGCUGACACAGGACUGCCCAAGGUAUGUCCACAUUUGGUCGGGAAGCCUCCAAUACCUGGUGGUCUGGAGGUCCAUGGUCAGAGAGGUGCACCUCGACGAUGCCCCCAACCUGGAGCGGUUGCUGUUGGAGCCGACCGUCCAUGCCUCUACUCACGUCAAGAUCAUUAACGCGCCGAAGCUGAAAGUUUUUGGCUACUUCGAUGUUGGACUGCAUCAGCUCAAGAUCGGUCCGACUGUCAUCAAGGAUGGGAUAAAGGUUAAGCCAAAUGCUAUGGUUCGGACUCUCAGGACAUUGGCAUUGAAGGUGCAAUUUGGAGUCGAGGAGCAAGUCAAGCUAGUGCCGGCCUUACUUAGAUGCUUCCCGUGCCUAGAAACCCUGCAUAUCAUGUCCACUCCUUCUGAAUCACCAGUGAACGUUGAUGUCGAAUUCUGGGAUCAAGUAGGCUACACCGAAUGUGUUAAUUCACAUAUCAAAAAGUUUGUGUUCGAAGCUGCCCGAGGAGAGGAUACCGAGCUGGCAUUUGUAAAGUUUGUCAUGGAAAGAGCCCAAAUGUUGGAGGAGAUGCGCGUUUUUGUGGUUGAUGGUUGCUCUAGAGAUGUUGUGCUAAGUCGUUUAUCUUCAGAAGGGUGUGUAUCUGCAGAUGCUACAGUGACGGUGGAGAGGCAAGAUGUGUCCCAUGCAUGGAGCUUCCAAAGAGCGAGUGACAUAUCACAGAGUGACCCAUUUGAUUGCUGAUUUUGGGAGGUGUUGCGUUAGCUCUUCCAAUUUGCCACAGAAGACUGUCAACCCAGGAGCCAUCUUAAUCUGGAAUCGUGAAGCUUGUAACCGAAUCGAGCAGCAAUUGUGACAGGACAGAGCCAUUUUAAUCUGGAUUGGUGAAGCUUAUGCUGUGUGUGUGCUGUUGCUCGUGCUUGGAGUACAUCUUGCAAAUUUCAUCCCUACUCAUGUUUAACUCGAAUUAAGUUUCUUCGGAAUAAAAGCCUUCAUGAUGACAUGUGAUUGCCUAAAUUUUAUUGACCAGUUCUGCGGUUCCUGCUGUUAAAACAGGGCAUUUGUAAAAUGUUCAGGCGACUGGGCAAUCCUUUAAAUUUUAAAGUGGAGUUGGAACCAUGUGAAAUGCCCAAACACGAAACUGCUAUAAAGUUUAUGACGACGGAAAUAUCUAAA